AUGGGAGUGAUACUGGCGGCUUUAUUAUGUGCACUCAUUGGAGCGGUUGGAGUAAACUCUAUUUUACGCUGCGUUUUGCGGUGUAGGUAUAGCUUUGAGUUGGAGAGAGCACAGGAGGGCGCUGGCACACCGGGGCUUAAGAAGCGAGAAAUCGCUUUGAUUUCGAUUAAGGUUUAUGGAACUGAUGCAAAUAUUAAGAACACAGAUUGCGCAAUUUGCCUUGCCCAGUUUAAGGUGGGUGACAAGCUUAGAAUGUUGCCCAUUUGCAACCAUGGAUUCCACCUCACAUGCAUUGAUACUUGA